ACCUCUCCAUUUCAAGAUCGAAGAAGAAGAAGAUGCAGCAGAGAAGAUCAGCGUCAGGGAGGCCUACUGGAACGGAUGGCUCAGAUUUCAACUACCGCAUGGUCGUUGACUCUCGUUACCAGAAGGUAGCUAAAGGAAAAUCUCGUCUCUCCGCGCUUAUUCUCACUCAGGCUGUCAUUCAAUUGAUAGGAGUCCUCGCAUUUCUAUUUACAUCAAAUGGGGAAGGUCCCAAUGUGAUUGCUAUUUCAUCUUUUGCUAUUGGUUCUAUUUCUUUGAUCAUUGGGGAGUUAGGUCGAAGGCGCAGCCGAGUGAGUUUGUUGAAAGUUUACAUUGUUGCAUCAUCUAUUGGAAUACUUCUCUCCAUUGCUUGUGUUGCUACAGGAAAUUUAACAUUAGAGGUUUUCCAAAAUCCAAGUAACUGGGAAACAAAGAAGUUUGAACUUCUCGAGGCCACCCGCACUGCAAUUGCGUUCCUGGUACAAAUAUUUACCGUCAGCACAACUGCUUCUCUCAUCAGUAACAUGUCUCCUCCAAAAAGGGCCUCUUAGCUGCUUCCUCUAGCCACAAUCAUGUCAAUGAUUGAAUAGAAAUUUCGUUUUCAAUUUCUUCCUGGGUCCCAAUUUUGUAAUUCGAGGAAGAUAGUUUGAUUCCUCUCUAGUUGAAGGACUAUUUUGACAGGACACACAUUUACAGUGAUGGUAGGCAUGUAAUUUGAUCCAUUAAUACAAAUUGGAUGUUUGAUGAA